UCUAACUACCUCCGGCAACCUAUCAACGUCCAAUUUAAAUCCAUCAAGGGAACCCAGACUCUCAAGGAUGGCCUCCUCCAGCAUCUACGUCAUUCUGGCUGCCAGCCUCUUGUGCGCGUGCGUGGGCGCAGCGCCGACCGGCAAGAUGAUCACUGCAGCUGACAUCCCCGCCACCCCUGCAGCGGCUACAUGCAAGGCGAUCCUCGACGGCGCCGCUGUCCAAUUCGCUGCGGGCGGCAUCGCCGCCGUCACCCAAGUCGCCGGCGCAACCAUCUCCAACUACCUCUUCUGCAUGGAGUACAAGCCCACCGCCAAGGACACGGCCAUGAUCGUGACCCACAUCGAGCCCACCUACCUCAAGGUCCCCUUCUCCACCCUCACCACCAGCCCCGCCACCCCCCAGGUCGCCGGCUUUGUGAACGCGGUGUACAUGGUGGGUGCUGCCACGACUGCCAACGGUGACUACGGACUUGCCACCUACCCCUGGGACCUGGCCAACAAGGCCAACGCCGCCCCCGCCAACCAGAAGACCUCCCUCGUCGAGCGCUUCUCUACCCCGGCAGCCAGCUACCUGUGCGGCUGCGGCAUUGCCACCGCUCCCACCUCCUCCCGCCGCAUGCUGCACUAAGCUUACUUUGCCAGUGCAAUAUAUGAGGAAGCUACCCAAGAAUAAUGCCUGCUGCAAGACGCAGAAGGUGCCGCACUCUCCUGAGGUCGGCAGAUAGUGAAUUGUGCAUUCUGUGCGCUGUGUUUUAAACGUCACUGCGUAGAUUGAGCAGGCUUGCAGGCCUUGCUGCAGCAUGCUACAAUAACAUUUGAACAGCCUGCUGCAUACUGCAUGCUAGGCUUUACUGCUCCCAAUUCUGUGGCUGUGUGACGCGGCCAUUGUCCCUUAGCUCAAGCUUUGUCUCUUCUCUAAUUGGGCCAUUCAUGCCCGAGUUCGUCGCUUUGCAUGCAUGCAAUGCGUAUGCCAUUGCUGCGCAGAAUCUUGGGUCCAUCCAUUUGAUCAAAGUGACGUUGUCGUGUAGAUUGUCAGUUUUGACGAGUCUUGCAUUGCCGUUGCAUGCCCUCAAAUGCCGUUUCCUGAGCAGAUUGCUUUCCAGGUUGACUCAGCAGCAUGCAUUAGUGCUGCAGAGGUGUUGCAAAGGGAGCAAUGCGUGCUUCUUUGUGUGUCUCUUCUUUGAAGCAAGACAUCCAUGCAAUUCGUGUAAUAAUUUUUGGUCC